AGAUGAAAAAAGGAGAGUUCCAAAGUCCCUGUUUAAAUUGACUCUGCUGUGUUGCCAUGUGGAGCAGGUUUCAAGUCAAGGCUUUGAAGAGGGUCUUAAUUUCAGAGUUUAAUACCUGGACUAAAUUGGACACAAUGCAGAAGACUCAGCAGGCGCUGCCCCGGGUCUAUGUCACCAGACGAGUGCCACCUGAAGGGUUAAAGAUAUUGAGACAGUCUGGAAUGUGCAACAUCGAGCUGUGGGACUCCGAUGACCCUGUUCCCCGGCAGGAGCUCCUGAAGAAAGUGUCUGGGGUCGAUGGUCUACUGUGUGUGCUAACUGAAAAAAUAGAUGCAGAACUACUCAAUGUAGCAGGGCCAAACUUGAAAGUGGUCAGCACCAUGUCUGUGGGAUAUGACCACCUCUCCCGCGAUGAACUAAAAAAAAGGGGAAUCCGUGUGGGCUACACUCCAGAUGUUUUGACAGACUCUGUGGCUGAGCUCACUGUUGCUCUGCUCCUGGCAACCUCACGACGACUCAUUGAAGCCGUGAAUGAAGCAAAAAAUGGUGGCUGGGGCACCUGGAGAACUAUGUGGCUCUGUGGUUAUGAGUUGUCACAGAGCACUGUGGGGAUUCUGGGCCUUGGCAGGAUUGGGGUGGCAAUUGCAAAGCGUUUAAAGCCAUUUGGAGUGAAGAGGUUCAUCUACACUGAUGUCGCCCCCAGGCCUGAACUUGCAGCCCAGAUACAGGCAGAGUAUGUGUCCCUGGAUGAGCUGGCAAAAGAGUCUGAUUUCUUGGCUGUUUGCUGUGCCUUGACGCCAGAGACACAGGGCAUCUGUAACAGUGCUCUCUUUAACAAGAUGAAGAAAACAUCCAUAUUUAUCAACACCAGCAGGGGUGCUGUUGUGAACCAGGAUGAUCUGUACAAUGCUUUGACCAGCGGUCAGAUUGCAGGCGCUGGACUGGACGUCACUGUUCCUGAACCUCUACCCACUGACCACCCGCUUUUUGAACUUAAGAACUGCGUUAUCCUGCCCCACAUUGCCAGUGCAACCAUUGCCACCCGGAACGCCAUGUCAGCCUUGGCAGCCAACAACCUCCUGGCUGGUCUGAAGGGGGAGGCUAUGCUGAAGGAGCUGAAACUGUGAAGUCUCCCUUUAAAAGCCUGACAAGAAAAAAAUAAACAUAUACAAAAUUCACAAAAAGCUAAUCUACCCACAUACAAGCAAACAGAAACAGCAUUGUAACCUAACAAGCUGAAUCAAAUAUGAAUCUGUUUAUGUCCAAUCCUGCUUGCAUCAGGCAAAAAAUGUUUGUUGCCAUCCUGGUUCUUGAAGUGAAAAAUUGGCAGAAUGGGCCAAAAAGGAUGCAAUUCUAUGUAUGUCUGUUGCAUCAGAGAAAAUCAGACAAACUUGUUUAUUUUAUUUUUUUGUAUUGUUUUGGUCCAUCACAACAGCAGAAAAUAUUUAAAAAAUAAAAUAAGUAGCUUGAGGCACUUUUCUUGCAAAACUUUACAUUUCUUGAAAGAAUAAACUGCAGACUUUUAGGAAGUUUCAGACUAGGCUUUAGCUGUUUUUAAAUAACCAACAACAAUUCGAACACAUUGUAAUUCGCAAACGCUUCGUUCUGCUUGAUAAUUGUCAAGCUGUUUUUUUUUUCUUCACAUUAUUACUUCUGUCCUUGUUUCAGUGUUUUAAGGACAAUAAACAAAUUAUCUAAA